UUGCGAUGGUUUCCCUGACAGGCCAUGCAGAUGGGGCUUCUUUUCAGUAGAUGCCAGGAUGCAGGGCUGCUAAAUAACAGUACCUCUGGGAGAGUCCAUCACUCAGUUAGAACAGAGGACACCGUUAUCCAGUUCUCAUUUGGGCUAACUCAGCACAAGUUGUGAGGUUCAAGAGGUAUGACCUGUGACUCAAGUGAUUGGUGGUUACUGUGACAUCAGCCCAAAGGAUAACAGCUGUGACAAGUCAAAUAAUGAAAUUGAAUUAGGGGCGUCAAGAAAUCUACACAGGGUGAAAUAAGGGGAUGAGUCUGUAUUAAUAUCAGCAAAAAAACCAAAAGGAACACUGUCAACGCCAGAUUAUAAUGGAAGAAAAGAGAAGCUGUAAAGAAGAUCCCAGAAAAACUGUUUGGAAUGACAAUCUUGAAGUUGUGUGUGAUUGAUAAUUGCCUUCGAAGGAACUCGCCAUGAAGUGAACUUUAAAUAAAUGUCCCUUCUCUUUGCAUCAGUAUCAAGCAGGGAUACUUUAUAAGAACCUUAACAGAAUACACAGUUGGAGCAGGGGAAACAUUCUCAGCAAAUGUGAGCAGUGCAGGGAUUUUCUAAAAGACACAAAGUUUAGCAAAUGAAUCCUGCCAAACUCCAACGCAAUAGUACUUGAAGCCUUUUGCUAGGUCAUGGAGCCUGAGCCAAGCACUGCACGCCAGAAAAGUACAGGAAGGUCUGAUCAGAGUCCAGGCAGGAAAUCGAGCAGAGGUGAAGUUUCUCCCUCAAGUGUAAGAUCGACCAUUGCCUAUCAGCCAGGCCAGCUUCACCCUCAAGGAAGCCUCAGUGGUGACAUUGUCCCACCUCAAUCGUGUUUUCCAGGACCACUGCAGCUUCCCACAGAGCACGUUCACCAACAAGCCCCAAUGCCAGACCAGCCAAAGCACACCAGCGCUUAUUCCUACGAGCAGCCGCACCACACCUCGCCACAGCUCCUGCAACAGCCCAUGCCACCAGCAUUCAUGGCCCCGGUAAAACCCGAACUUGGUCUGGAGAGACGAUCCUGGCAGCUGUUUGACCCUAGGGGGCCCGUCGCCUCGGGGUCUUUCGUCCACACCGGGCUUCACUCACACGGACACCUUCUCCCCUCCCGUUCCGCCAUCAUUCCCAAAGAGGACCCUCAGCCUGUCCAACCUGGUUAUGGCCACCAUGCCCCUCAGGCUUCGUUAAAACAAGAGGAGGUGCCCAGAAAGGACAAAAAGCCUCAAAAGCCCGGAAAGUACAUUUGCCAAUUCUGCGGUCGACCUUGUGCAAAGCCCAGCGUGCUCCAAAAACACAUCAGGUCACAUACAGGGGAGCGUCCUUACCCUUGCCAUUCAUGUGGCUUCUCUUUCAAGACAAAAAGCAAUUUGUACAAACAUAGGAAAUCUCACGCCCAUAAACUCAAAGCAGGGCUGGUAUCGGGCACAAAAGGAGAGAUGUUUACAAGCACCUCCAGUUUGGAAAUGGAGAAGCUCAGCGGGGACGAACCUGAGGAGCAUACAGAAGGAGACGAAAGCACAGAUUCAGAAGACGAGACAUCUGGGAUGUCAGGUCACUCGCUCGACCUGCCAUCGAAACAUAAGCACAUUCCAGGCUCCAGUUCAUUUGGCACACAGGAAUUGAGUCCAAGGCAGGCAGCCUUCACGUUAGCUCAGCAAAGUGAAACACCAGCUCUCGAAGAAGGCUCACAGGUUUCAGAAUCCUCCCUUGACCUUUCUUUCAGCCACAAGCCAGAAGACUCGCACACUAUUAAGCAAAAACUAGCACUGCGGUUAAGUGAGAGGAGGAAGGCAUUAGCUGACGAGCAGUCCCAGACUUUCCUGAGCCCUGGGAGCAAAGGGAGCACAGAGUCAGGUUACUUCUCUCGUUCGGAAAGUGCGGAGCUGCAAAUCAGUCCUCCACAGACGAGUGCAAAGUCUUACGCUGAGAUUAUUCUCGGGAAGUAUGGUCGAUACGGUCAGAAAACAUCCAUGAUAGCAGCAAGUGCAACUCAGAGGACACAGCAGAUGGCCCUGGAAGACAAGCCUGGUGCACUUUCCUUUUCCGUGCCUAAAACCCAAAUGGAACAAAAUGUCAUAGAACACAUCACAAAGCUCAUCACCAUUAAUGAAGCAGUGGUGGACACCAGUCAAAUUGACAGCGUCAAGCCUCGUAGGACCUCUUUAUCCAGACGCGGUAGCAUUGAAUCUCCAAAGCCAAGUACCUCUAGAGAAUCCUUUCAGUUUGACCUAAAGUCACUGGGCUCCAGUAGCUUGGGCUCAGAUCCAAGCAGGCAUACAUUCUCAGCAGCACGCCACGCCCAUAGUGCCACCGAAACAGUGCCUCUGACGCGAAGCAACUCCAUGCCUUCUGCAAGUAGCACCAGUUUCCCGCCAGCAUUCAAGGGAAGCUACUCUUUUGAUGAUAGGAUGACGGACCUGGAGCAGGGCUUCAGUCACAGCCAUGGGCUAAUACCACAACACCGCAUGCUGAAGAGACAAAAAGCCAUUGAGUUGCCUUCGGGGAUGGAAUAUCAGACAGAGGAAGGUAGUUAUUCGGGGAAAGAGACACAGGUACUGCCAAGCAGGUCUGAAGAGCAAGAACCUGCCGAGACUGACCCCACCAAAAAAACCAAGAAAGGCCCACGGGUGAAAGGAUUGAUGUACGAAUGUGACAUCUGUGGGGCGCGGUACCGGAAAAGGAACAACUAUGAAACCCAUAAGAAAUAUUACUGCUCGGAACUGCACGCACCAAGAUCCCGGCCCUACCUGGCACAUGUUCCUAGAGAAACAGAACGUCGAGCUCUACCUCAUGAUAUGCAGCCACAGGUAGUGCAUUACAAGCUACGUCCAUCACUAGAGCUCACACCUGCGAGGAAGAGGAGGAAAGAGAAGAGUCUUGGAGAUGAUGAAGAAGCCCCGAGUGACUACAGCAGCAGAUCGACCUCCUCUUCUGUUGCAGUGCCAAGUGCGGCGUCCAGUUCUGGAGCCGGUCAGUCCUCGGUACCAGUGUCAUCUCAGACUGCCGGUGGACCAACAGUAAUGACCCUGCCUAUAGCCAAAAGUGAAUCUACGCAGGUGACAGAAGCAAGCCUGGACCCAGGAAUCAGGGCCAGGCCCACGUCAUCAGAAAGUUUAUCUCAGGCCCUGAGUUCCGACAGCAGUAGCAAAAGAACAACUGGAAAGGAAAUCUCUGUCAUCCAGCACACCAACGCGUUAAGCAGGCCCAGUUCUUUUGAAAAAUCAGAAUCUCUAGAACACCUAAGCAGUGUGAGUUCCCAAGAAAGCCUGCCAGUCGAGUAUCCCUCACAAACUGGGGAGGUUGAACCAACGAUAUCUUGGCAGCCAGUCUCUCAGCAUCCUCGCCAUCGGCCCCAUCAUCAUCACCAUCCCUUACAAGCCCGAUUAGUGCGCCAACGCAAAAUACAGGUCCCUGAAAUCCUUGUAACGGAGGAGCCGGAUAAAUCGGAGAAGGAAAAGGAAGCUGGCACAAAAGAGCCGGAAAAAGCACCCGAAGAAUUCCAGUGGCCACAGAGAAGUCAAACCCUCUCGCAGUUUCCAACAGAGAAGCUGCCACCGAAAAAGAAGAGAUUGCGAUUGGCUGAAAUGUCGCAGUCUUCGGGUGAAUCGAGCUUCGAGUCUGUCACACUGGCAAGGAGCCCAAGUCAAGAAAGUAGUAUCUCCCACGGUUCUAGUCACUCGGCGUCAUUUGAAAGGGAAGAGCAUUGCAAGCCCGAAGCCACCUCAUUAAAGGAACUCGCUGGGCAGCUGUCGGAGAUCCAUGCCAGGCCUCCAGGCUCUCACAUGCUGACUGUGCCCGCUCACUACCACCACCAACGUGAGAUGAGACGGUCCUCAUCGGAGCAGGCAUCGAGCGGGCAACAUCCUUCUGAAGCGUCAGAAGCGCGCAGCAAGUCUUUUGAUUAUGGCAGCCUGUCUUCUGAAUCAUCCUCGGCCUCUAAGCUGCCCUCUCCUUUGAAAGAGCGGAGAAGGUGUUUCCUGGUUCGCCAGACUUCACUGAGUGGAUACACCGAAUCGGAGCAAGAGGCCAAAUCCAGUUCAAAGCAAGAGAAGCAUGAGCAAGUACAUGCUCUCGGUAAAUCUUCUGUUCCUGGUCCAAGUUCUCAUUACCAUUCUCCCCCUCCUCCUCCGUCGCCUCAUUGCUGCCAGCCAAGUGUUUCACAACUGCAGUCUGAUACUGCCCAAGUGUUUUACACCCAGCCACCAACCGAGGCCUUCCAGGCAUUUCAGCAGCCAUUACCACAAGCAGUGCCACAACAGAAGCAAUACCUGCAACAGCAGCUCUCUCCUUUUCCAGGCCAGCAUCACCUGCAGCAGCAAGGGCAGAUAUCGUCACUGCUUUCAUCACCAGUGAUGCCAGAGGUGCUUUCAACUCCCAUUGCUCUGCCUCAUGUCCCAUAUCCUCUGUUUCCAUCGCCACAGAUGCCCAUUAGACAAACGCAACUCCAGGCUGCACAACCGCUUUAUCAGCAGCCUGUUGAGUCGCCAGUUCACCCUCCUUCGCUACCGCACGUGCAGCGGCCAGCUCCCACAUCCACUUCACAAGCUGCCUUCCUGCCAUUGCGCUCACAGCUUGCCUUUCAGUUGCAAGCAGAAGCUGGUGCUCAUUUCCGGGAGCAAAAGCCCCCGUCCCACCAGUCUCCCCCAAUCCGCGUUCCCUCUCGCUCGCCACCUUUCCAUUCACAGUCCGAAUACAGCUCAGCCAGCGCUGCCCUUUCUUCAGCCGUUUCAUCCCCAGGCACUGCAUCAUUGUCAGUAUCGCAGCCUUCCGUCAUUGAAUUUCCUGAGCCUCUCCGGCCUGUGGUAUCACUCGUGGUGCCCGUUAGGGUCCAGACCCACAUGCCCACCUACGGUAGUGUGAUGUACACGACUCUGUCACAAAUGUUAGUGACGCAGUCAGCAGAAAGCCCUUCCGCAGUGGUCAUCUGUAGAGUAGAAGACAGCAGACCCAAAGGCACCCUUGUAUGUACUGCAGCAAUGCACGGGAUAGGGCUCGACUUGGCACAAAUGAUUGCCGGCCACCACAGAGACUUCUUUCAAUCAUCAUACUUAAGAAUACCUUUACCCAUGACAGAAAGAAAGGGUUACAUACCACUCGCAUCACCAACAGAGGGCACAUGCGGAACAGAUAGUUAUCCAUCUACCAUUGGUGGUAGCAAACGAAUGUUGUCUCCAGCAGGGAGCUUAGAACUGACGAUGGAGACCCAGCAGCAGAAACGUGUGAAAGAGGAAGAGAUUGAAGAGGAAUCAGAAGAGAGCACUGAACCUGUUAAACACUUAAGUGCAAAGCACUCAAGGGCAGAGGAAACCACAAGACUGCAGAAACCUCAGCCGCCAAGACAACGUCCAGCUGAAUCAAAGGUCUCAUCUACUCCAACCUCCCAAGAGUGGGAUUCCAGUUCAAAGCAAACUUUGUCCCUCCUGCAGUCCUCCCUGCAGCCACCCGGGCCUUCAGAGAAGUACAAACUCUGGCCUGGACAUCAGUACAGAAGUAAACCGCUUUUAGGGCCAGUGAAGAAGGAAGAUUCCCAGGAGAUGGCCCGAGAGAGAGCUCCUCUGCACGUGCAAGAACUUCAGCAGCUCACCGCCAGCACUUUACCUGAGCCACCCAGCAGUCCCAGUCCUGCAAAACCCAGCACCCUUCUCCCAGAAGUUAGUGAUAUGCAACAGGUACUACACUUUCCGAGCCUUCACACAACCACUAAUGUCAGUUGGUGCUACCUUAAGUACACCAAGCCAAAUCCCGUGCAGCAAACUGACCCAAGAUCUUCCGUAUAUGCUGGUUGGUGCAUCAGCUUGUACAAUCCCAACCUACCUGGCAUGUCGACCAAGCUAAGCCUUGCACUUCUGAGAUCAAAACAGAAGACCAGCAAGGAAAUCUAUACCAUGGCUGCAGUUCCACGGCGAGAGACUGGAAAACUGGUCCCAUCAAGCACAAGAAAACUCAGAGUUAGUGAGAUUCAUAGUCCUUCCCUGCUUCCUGGUGAUGGGAGAAAAGAAGUCUGCAAAGUAGAAAAGGAGGAAGAAAGGAGGGAGAAGCAUGAAGAUGACACUUCAACACCCAAGAGAGUGGAGCCAACUAGAAUUAAGAUCUUUGAAGGAGGGUAUAAGUCCAACGAAGAUUAUGUUUAUGUACGAGGGCGGGGAAGGGGAAAGUAUGUGUGCGAGGAAUGUGGAAUUCGCUGCAAGAAACCCAGCAUGCUGAAGAAACACAUUCGCACACACACAGACCUCCGGCCAUACGUCUGCAACUAUUGUAACUUUGCCUUCAAAACAAAAGGGAACUUGACAAAGCACAUGAAGUCAAAGGCUCACAGUAAGAAGUGCCAGGAGAUGGGAGUGACUGUUGCAUUAAUGGAAGAUGCGGAAUCUGAAGAAGGAACUAGUGAAGAAAAGUUGAAGAAAGCAGAAGAAAGUGAGGGCACAGACCCAGCAGAAGAACAUCAGUUUUCGGAUGUAGAAGAAUCAGACGAUGAUGAUGACAAUGAUGAUGAUGAUGAAGAGGAGGAGGAAGAGGAACAAUUUGUGAAGUCUUCAGAGAUUGCAAGUACCAGUCAGCAAACAGCUGAGACUGCCUCAAUAUCAUUCAGAGGGGAAACUACAGUCACAUCAUUAGAGACCACCUCAAAGCAGGGGUCUAGUUUAGCCAGUCAGUAUUCGUUGACGAGUUACCCAGUGUCGUCAUCUCAACUUCAAGCCACACAGCCAAUGAAAUCCUCAGAGUCAGGUAGGGAUCCCGUGUGUCAUGGUGCCUCACAGACACAACUCGAAGGAAGCAUUUCAAUGCCAUCAUUAACAUCCACUGAGCAUUUUUUAAUGACUCAAGGAGAUCCUAUGAUGAAAAGGCACUAUGCACUAAGUGCAGAUAUUUCACCAUCAAGAGAUACAUCCCCUAGAAGGCCAUGGUCUCCAAAGAGAGAAGCAUCACCCAGUAGUCUUUUAUACCCAGGAGGGGACAUCCCAUCUGCAAAACACUCAUCGCCAGAGAGAGAGGCGUUGGUUCAAGAACACUUGUCUCCAAGGAAAGAGAUGUCGCCUCGGAGACAUUUUUCACCAGGAAGGGAAUUAUCAUCCAGGCGAUGCCUAUCACCAGGAAGAGGUAUGUCACCAAGGAGACGUUUGUCUCCAGGAAGAGAGGUGUCACCUAAAAGGUGCCUAUCACCUAGGAUAGAAGCAUCACCUGGGAGAGCUUCACCUAGAACGCACUUGUCACCAGAAAGAGAAGUAUCACCUGGGAGAACAUUGUCACCAGGUAUGAAAAUGUUGUCUUCAAGGUACCUGUCUCCAUCAAGAGAUGUCUCUCCAAGGAGACCAUUGUCACCAGUGCAAAAAGAAUCAUCUCUCAGACACUUGUCCCCAGUAAAAGACGAAUUGCCAAGUAGAUGCCUGACACCAAUUUGGCCAAGCGCCCUAGGCUCCUCUUUCCCUGCACAGCACAGUGGCUCAUCUUCAUUGGGUCUACCUCCAAGGAUAUCUAGCAAAGAGCUGGAGCAAUCUGAAUCUAAACUGAAGAUGUCUAGAACGGGAUACCACAGUAUACAUGAAGAGACAAGUACACAGUCCCAAGUCUUGCAUUUUUUUUCUUCAAGAAAUACUCAAACUGCACUGGAAGGACAAAGUUACAGUGGGCUGACUGGGACCACACAAGAUUACGUUUUCAGUCAUCUUCCUCUGCACUCGCAACAGCUGGUUAGGACACCCUACCCCAUGAUUCCAAUAGGUGGAAUUCAGAUGGUUCAGUCAAGGCCAGGUUGUCAUUCAGGCUUGGUGCCUUCUCCAAUAGCCUCUCUACCGUCAGGAUUUCCUGCAAAUCUAACUGCACCCUGUCCCUUUAGUGCAACUAAGACGGAGACCACAGUACAUUUAGAAGAAGAGGUUUCGCUGAGGCCUAAAUCAGCUGAAGCAACAACUUUAAAACCUUUGCCUUUAUUGCUACCUUCAGCUCCCACAGCCCCUGUUGUGACAGUACCUUCUCUUGCUAGAAGUAGUAAACCAAGUGUUACUUUACAGAGGACAGAGAUUGUUGAGUUAGAAGAAGAAGAAGCAUACAAACAGGAGGAAUACAGGGUACCAAUUUAUUCUGAACCCAGCACUAUCGCUGCUCUGAGCCACUCGGGGCAAGAUGCUGGUUCAACCAGACUGGACAGCCCCAGCACCAGCCACGAGCAUUCUCCAAAGCCUUCGACAAGUGGGGAAGGAACUUCAAAGGAUUUGAGCAAGAAGCAGUUUGGGUGUGCAGACACCUACUAUGAGUCAGCCCGCACUUUAGCCACCAAGCAACCUACACAUUUACAAGGAAGCAGCAGCAGUAGCUCAUCAGAGUCUUCAAGUCCUUCCCACUCUUUCCAAACCAGUGCUGGUAGGACUGCUUCAAGUGGACAAUGUCAUCUAGUUAGAACGCAAAGCGGAAGCAGCCCAGAGUUUAAGGGUGAAGGCUUUGUGCACCCUGAUACACAAAAGGACAAUGAGACAGGAAGUUCAUAGCAUCCACAGCCAUGCAGAUCUACCUUUGAAGAAAAGGCGAAGGGCAUUUGUCAACACUAGUUUUUCUUCAUCAUAUUCAUGAAUGUUGGUUGAACAAGACAUUCACAUAUAUAUAUUGUAAACAUGACCAAAAUCAUCAGAAAAUUCCUGUUUAAAAUUGUCCAAGUCCAGUAUUAUUUAAACGUACACAGUUACUUGUGCCUUUCUCUUUUAUUUUGUGGCUCCAAAUGUAUAGGAGAAGGGGGGGGGAGUAAAAAAUAUUGAGGCUGUGAAUAUUUUUAAGAGCAAUGUAAUCGAUUCAGAGUAGCUGUCUUUUUUCAUUUGAAAUUACAUUGGGUCGAAUGAAAUGAAACAAAAGGGAUUAAAACAUUGGUGUGAUGCACUGAAGACUUAUUUUUAUAUUGAUAAAAUGUAAACAGCUCCUGUGUACAGAAAUAAUUCUAUGAAGCGUAUUUAUUGUAUUCUGUAUUUAAUUGUUUAUAAAUGCCUACAUUUUCCCAGCA